UACCUGAAUGUGUAGCUCGCUGCUCUGUUUGCUUUGUCAAUUGCAGUGAAAUUUUUUCUCCCUGCUCCGUUUCUUGGAUCCAGAUAUAUGUUUCUCUGCUGACCUAGAUUUGUUACGCGUGGCUUUUAAUUCUGAUUUGCAUUUUCCGACAAGCUAGCAUUUAUUUCUGUUUUUUUUUUUUUUGGGUCGGGGAGGUUUUAAGUAUGCGGAGAUGUCAUAUUUUUCCAUCCUACGGUAAUGAGUAAUGUGGAGUAGACGUAUUGUUUAAUUAAGUAAAUCACGGUAAUCUUUCCCGCUAAUUUGGAGAUCUGGGGCUGAUUCUGCGAGGUAUGGUCGUAGUGGCGUGCUUCAUAUGGGUAAAUUGGGUAUUUAGUCCUUUUCUGGAGCUGAUUUUCUGUCCGAAAAGCUUGUGAUGCUCGAGAAUAGAAAACAGAUUGAAAUAGAGUGGACUCGAGCGGUCGAGCCCUUGAAGUUGUUUCCUUGUAAGGCACAUGAUAGCAGAAGAAAUAAUCCGUUUUUCUGUUAUGUAGGCAGUGUUUACUUAGAUCUAAUCCAACUUCGGGACAUAUUGGCUUGCAUUAUAGUUAUAUGGGCAAGUUAAAGGGAUUUUGCAAUGGUGUUUGUGAUUGGGACCAGACUGGCAACACGGAAACUCACAAUCUUGCGUAUGGGGACACGCGCGCUCGAAAGUGAGAGCAAAAGCUCUGAUGUGUACCUUUCACUGGGGCUUAAACAAUUGGGUAAAAGAAUUGUAGGCGUUCCACGUGUUUUAUCGCUUGUCUCUUCACUUCUUGAGAGAUCAGUUUUGAGAAACGAUGAGCUGUUAGAGGCAAAUCAUCUAAAAGAUGUUGUUACUGUGUUUCAUGGUUUAAGAGCACCAACUCUAAGUGUCCGUAAGUACGUCGAUCGGAUCUUCAAAUACUCGGGCUGCAGCCCCUCCUGCUUUGUUGUUGCACACAUCUAUGUUGAUAGAUACCUUCAGUGCACAGAAGCCAAACUGACUUCGCUUAAUGUGCAUAGGCUUCUGAUUACUAGCAUAAUGCUAGCAGCAAAGUUUAUGGAUGAUGCAUUCUUUAACAAUGCUUACUAUGCAAAAGUUGGAGGAGUAAGCACGUCUGAGUUAAACAGGUUGGAGAUGAACUUUCUUUUCAGCAUAGAUUUCAGACUUCAAGUGAACUUGGAGACGUUUGGAAGAUAUUGUUCACAACUGGAGAAGGAAUCUGCGGAAUUUUCUGAGAUUGAACGGCCAAUGCAAGCGUGUCGAAUUAAAGAAAGCUGGUCCAGCAAAGAUGAUUCUACUUGCGCUUCCCCUGCUGCGAGAUGAAAAUGAGGAAGCACUUCGAUUAUUGCUGGAAAUCCCUCGACAAACGGAAAGAUGGUCAAUUUUGGAGUAUUCAAACAGGGAAAGAUUGAUAGGAAUUCAAUAUUUUAACGGAAUGCCAAAUUGGCGUAUAAUUAAUUUUAUUUUUGCCUUGAUCAUUGAAGACUGUUGAGUCAGUCCAUGUUCUCUUGAAGCUUGAAGGUAUGAUUUUUAAAAGCUGUCGUCAGGGAUGGCUAUGGUAUCCAUGAUCCCUUUGUUUUUGUUGGGAAGGAAAAAAUUGUGGUGAUUGUCACGAUUUAAUGCAAGUUUUUAAUUUUAAUGUAGGUU